UUAAAAGGCGGUUUCAGAUUCUAAACCUUUGAACACAACUCAGACCUCUCAGCUGCUGCAAAGACGUUUCGUGGCUGCAAGAACCAAAUAGUUGGAAACAACCUGGAAAACGUGGAAAACAGUUGUAAAGAAACGGACUACAUUGUUGGAAAAGCUGAAAUACUCUGUAAAACUCACAUCCACACAGAAUAAGAUGCCAGGAGAAAUGGGAGAAGAGGUUUGCAUGCAUUUAAAGUUGCCCCUGGUGACUCCCGAAUCCCUUGAGGUGGCAUGCCCGCGCUGUAACUGCGAGGAGUGCUGGUGUGCUGACCCCGAGGACGCUGAACACGUCGAGCAGCACAGCACAGAAAUGUUAGGAUUAAGUGACUGUUCAUCAGAGAGUUCAGACUGCAUGGAGGAUUUGGAUCCUGAACCAGCUCCACAGCAUUCUGAUCACUCAGAAUCACAUCACUUCACAAGUGCUUCUUCACAUCCUCCCUGUCCUGAGUACCUGAUCAACGGGACCUUUGUUACUGUGGUUCUUGCCAAGUUGGUUGAACACAUUGCUGCUAACACCAGAUCAUCCAUACUAAACGUGGAUCUUGAUCAGUUAGUGUACGGUGUUACAAGGAGGACCAUGGGCAUGCUGACAUUUGCUCUCCCACAAAGGGUUCACAGCCUGCACAUCUCCAUCUACAAAAAACUGUGCCAGAUAUUUGGAUCAAAAUAUGUGCUGCAGGCUCUGAUGGAAGCAGGCGAUGAAGAAUUUGAGUUAGAGGUUUCUAAGACUUUAAUAUCAGUGCUCAAAAAGUCUAAGACCUCUAAGAACACUUUCAAUCCCGGGACCCUUUCUCCAGUUCCUGAGAUUCAAACUCCAGAACCUGACGGUGAAAACUGGAGUGGAAAAGCUUCUCCACUUCCCGAGAUUGAAACUCCAGAGCCUGACGGUGAAGAAUGGAGUGGAAAAGCUUCUCUGGUUCCCGAGAUUGAAACUCCAGAGCCUGACGGUGAAGACUGGAGUGGAAAAGCUUCUCCACUUCCCGAGAUUGAAACUCCAGAGCCUGAUGGUGAAGAAUGGAGUGGAAAAGCUUCUCCGGUUCCUGAGAUUCAAACUCCAGAACCUGACGGUGAAGACUGGAGUGGAAAAGCUUCUCCUGUUCCUGAGGGUGAAACUCCAGAGCCUGACGCCGAGACAGAGGCUCUGCUGCUGCUGCUGCUGCUGGCGGCUGUAGCAGCCCUCGGACUGCGUUCUCCAUCUGUGAGCCAGGAGGUGGCGCCAUCCUUCGCAGACUCAUACAGGCUCUGCAGGCUCUCAAAGUUGAAGUCCCCAAAGCCAGUGGAAGGUCUGACCCUGGUAACGGCUGACCUGAACCUUCUACCGGCUCAGUGUGAGGAUGGCGGUGCUGGCAUCGCCACCUUCUGA